AUGACUGAUGGCCAUCAAGCCUCUAUCAUUGCUCAUAGUGCCAAAAUAAGCGGUGCGAAUGUUACGUGCGUCAAUCUCCAGGCAUGCGAGGUUGAAAGCCAGGCAUGGUCUGAACCACUCUCAGUAAACUUAAACAAUGGCCAGAACACUGGCAGCGCCGUAUCCUCUCAGCAGGAGAUCAAUGCCAUCAGACGUAAUGUCACCAUUUCGUCUGAUGUAAACAUGUAUCUUGAUGGAUCAACAAUCAUUGGCGAAGAUUUGGUGGAUAUGAACUUCUUGGACCCAAUUUGGGAUCCGAUAUGGCAUCUACCGGUGGAUACACCACAGUGGUUGGAUGGUAUAGAUGACCCGAACAUCAAUGAGCAAUCUCUGGACUACGUCGAGUCAUAUCAGAAUCAGCAUACUUCCCAAGGGGCUUCACCUACAGAGACUGCUGUGAUAUUGAUAGCCAAAUAUUUCACCCGUCGUUCUGGAUACUCGAUCCAGAGUCGAGAGCUCAUACAAAGGAUGUCACAUACACUGCAACCUCAGAUCUACGACAAAGAGGUGAUCAACGUCUUGCUAAGCAUUGGUCGCUCGCAUCUGUACUCAACCUUUUCAAUUUUUACUAACUUCGAGGUGUCAAAGAAGACCAGUCUACAACUGUGUCUCUCAAUGGCAGCCUUCGGUGCAUUAUUCUCGACAGCAGAGGGCAGUGAAGCCGUGUCGAUGAGCUUGUACAGCGAUGCCAGACAUCUACAGAUGGAGACUUACAUUCGAGAUGGUUUUGACUCUUUUACCACUGCCGCAAAUGCAGCAAAGACAUAUCUCCUGCUCGAGAUAUACGGAAUAUGUAGUGGUAACAAGAGGAUGUAUGAAUUCUGCGAAGCAUUCCACUAUAAUACCAUUGAAGCAUUCAAGGCAUGCUGGCAAACUGUCCCCCAAGAGGCAGAUGAGAACACUCGAGCUGAAUUAUCACAACUCGUGGAAUCAGCCCACUUGCUGGACAGUUUUCGUGUUCUCUUGCUGUCGCGACCACCUUGCUUCCUCCCAUGGGGGCACACAACGAUCAAGACAGAUGUCUCUGUGCUUCGUCCCAACGUAAAGACAGAUCUUGAAGCAUUGGCGACGCCUACAGCUCCUCUCUCAAGAUCAAUGGCGACAGCGCAGAGUCUUGCCACACUUAGUUCUUGGACAUGGAUGUUCAGCCCUAGAGGACAGGAAAGUACGCGCGGCUACCAGCCUUGGAAGACUGAAUUCGUGGAACUGGGCUUGGAACGCUGGAAAUGGGCAAGAACUCAAUGUCCUUCGGAUACAGACUUCCCUCUCUUGUUGAUCUACCACCUUGCAUAUCUCAAUCUGUACACUAAUCUGCCUCUCCUACAACGCCACGCUCAUGAGUUCUUGGAAUCGUCGGAAAUUCCUGGAGAUGUGAAGAGCAUCGGAGCUAUCCGAGUUUGGAUUAAUGGCUCACGUGCUCCGGUCGCACACUGGCACGCAGAGGCAAUGAUAAAUCUGAUCAAGGACAGUCUUGGGAUAUUUUUGCCACGGCAAGAGUCGAUGUCAGAGCCUUCGCGAGCCUCUGAACCGCCACACUUGCCUUACUGUAUUUACUUUGCAAUCCUGGUCAUUUGGUUUUAUUACGUCCGAGAAGGUGUUCAUAUGGUUGAUAUGAGGAAUGCACAAAUUGAUACAGCUAUGUUGCUACUGGGGAAGCUUCGCGCACCUGUAGCAGGGGUAAUAAGUGUUGCACUCCACAACCUGCGAGAGCAGGGGCGACAAUGA